UACGACCAGUACAAGACGCCCAUGGAAAACAUCGGCCUGCAGGACUCCUUGCUUUCCCGCUUCGACCUGCUCUUCAUCGUGCUGGACCAGAUGGACCCCGAGCAGGACAGGGAGAUCUCGGACCACGUCCUGCGGAUGCAUCGCUACCGUAACCCCAACGAGCAGGACGGGGAUGCCAUGCCCCUGGGCAGUGCCGUGGAGAUCCUGGCUACGGAGGACCCUGACUUUGUGCAGGAGGAGGAACAGGAGCUCCAAGUGUAUGAGAAACACGAUGAUCUCCUGCAUGGACCCAACCGCCGCAAGGAGAAGAUCGUCAGCAUGGAGUUCAUGAGGAAGUACAUCCACGUGGCAAAGAUGAUCAAGCCCGUCUUGACCGAGGAGUCGGCAAACUACAUCGCGGAGGAGUACUCCCGCCUGCGCAGCCAGGACGAGAUGAACUCUGAUGUCGCCAGGACCUCCCCUGUCACGGCUCGUACCUUGGAGACCCUGAUCCGCCUCUCCACGGCCCACGCCAAGGCCAGGAUGAACAAGACUGUUGAUCUGCAGGAUGCUGAGGCAGCUAUGGAGCUGGUGCAGUUCGCCUACUUCAAAAAGGUGUUGGAGAAGAAGAAGCGCAAAAAAAAGACAGAGGAUGACUCCGAGAGCGAGAAGGAGGAGGAGGAGGAGUCACAGCCCAAGGAGGAGCGCACAACAAGGAGGAGAAAGAAGGCACGCACAGGAGACGAAGGGGACUCCUAUGACCCCUACGACUUCAGUGAUGCCGAGGAGGAGAUGCCACAGGUCCAGGCACACACUCCCAAGACCCCCGAAGCCUCGGCUGCUGGCGAAGCGAAGAAGCCGGAGUUGGCUGAGCCGAGGUUGAAAGCAUUCAAGGCUGCCCUCCUGGAGGUCUUCAAAACUUCCCAUGCCCAGUCUGUGGGUCUGAAGAACGUGAUGGAGUCCAUCAACCGUGACAACCCCGAGCCCUUCUCGCUGGCUGAAGUGAAGGUGGCGCUGGCCCACAUGCAAGAUGACAACCAGAUCAUGGUGUCUGAUGACAUUGUCUUCUUAAUCUGA